AUGCCUCGAGUGCGCGACGCGGAUACGGAGGACGAGCCGCCGUCCCAGCGGCGCCGGACCCACACCAAAGGCACCAUCGUCCGCAUCAAGCUCCGCAACUUCAUGUCGUACACGUCGGCGGAGCUGACGGCCGACCCGGGAAAGCUCAAUUGCAUCAUCGGCCCGAACGGCACCGGCAAGUCGUCCAUCGUCUGCGCGAUGUGCGUGGGGCUCGGAGGCCCGAUCAAGGCGACCGAGCGCGGGGACGCGAUCGGCGGGUGCGUCCACGACGGCGUCGACGAGAACGGGGGCGGCUGGAUGGCUCUUCAGGUGCUGUACGCGGACGUCGAGCGGUGGAACAAGUACCAGGCCAACCUCAAGGAGCUGGAGCGCUGCGAGGGCAAGAAGCUGUGGCUCGCGUACGACGCGGAGCGGGGCGAGUACGACCGGCUCAACGACGAGUGGAAGAGCAAGAAGGCCGACAUGAAGGAGGCCGAGGCGGAGAAGAAGGCGCUGACCGACAAGGUGCUGCCGCUCAAGGAGCGCGUGGCGUCUGCAAAGCGGAGCCUGGCCAGCAGCACCGAGUCAGUCAAGAAGAACGAGGCGGAGAUGAAGGCAGCGGCCGGGCUGCACAAGGUGGACAAGGCGCUCAAGAAGCUGACCGACACGGUCGGCGAGCUGGAGCGGCGCAUCGAAGGCGACGAAGAGGAGCUGCGCGUCGAGGAGCAGAAGGUCAGCGUCGCGUACGGCGGCGACGUGGCGGCGGCGAAGAAGGCGGCGGCUGACGAGGUGCGGUCGGCGCGCCAAGAGCUCGAGGCGCGGGAGGACGACCUGGCCAACUACGAGUUGGGCGAGCACGAGGGGCGCGUGCGCUCCAUCGAGGACCAGAUCGCCGGCCUCGGCGACCCGAUGCGGCUGAAGCAGGUCGAGGCCGCAAAGAUGAACAGCGCGGUGCCGCACGUCGGCAAGUGGGUCUACGAGCAGGUGGGCGGCGGCUCGAAGGAGGCGGCCGAGGCCAAGGUGCUCGGGCCGAUGCUGCUCUACCUCGACCUGCCCGACAAGGGGCACCAGAAGCUGGCGGUGCAGGCCUUCCCUGCGCGCACCCUCACCUCUUUCCUCGCGCGCGACGAGGGCACGCGCGACCAGCUGCAGGACGAGCUCAAGCGGCGCGGCCCUCAGACGCGGAUCACCGUCUUCCGCAACCGCGCCAAGACCUUCUCGCCGGCGCCCAACCGCCCCUCCUCCGCCGACAUGAAGCGCUUCGGCGUGACCGCGUGGCUCGACGAGGCGCUCCGGAUCCGCGACGACUUGCGCGGCGAGGUGCUCGCCUUCCUCAAGCAGCAGAUGGGGGUGGACACGUACCUGCUCGCGACGCCCGCGACGGUCGGCAAGAUCGACGCGCUGCAGCAGUUUCUGCAGCAGAGCGGGAUGACGGGCGUCACCGUCCUGACGCCCGAGCGCGUCUACCGCUUCGGGCGCUCAAAGUACGGCGCGAGGGCGGCCACGUCGUCGUCGAGCCUGCCGCAGCGGCACCGGCACGCCGCUUGCUUCUCGGUGGUGGUCGACACGUCGAGGAAGAAGGAGCUCGAGGGGCAGCUGAAGGAGGCCAGGAAGGGGCUCGAGCUCAAGCGCAAGGAGCGGCAGGCGGUGGAGCGCGACGUGGGCCAGCUGCAGCAGAAGCUCGACGCGGCCAAGGGGCGGCAGGUCGAGCUCAACAACAACACGGUGCGGCUCAACCGUCUUGCGGCGAGGAUCGACCAGGCGAAGAAGCGGCUCGACCCGGCGCGCGAAAGCGUCGCCGGCUUCAACGCGGACGCUCAAAAGGAGGGGUACCGGAGGCGGCUGUGCGACGCGCACCAGCGCUCGCUCGACAGCCUGCAGAAGGCGGCGGCGGCGGUGAAGCGGCACGAGGCGGCGCUGACCAAGCUUGCGCUGGUGCGGGUGGGGCUGGCGGCGGCGGAGGCGCAGCUGGCGGAGGCGGAGGGCAACACGGACGAGCUCGACGAGCGCAUCGCGCGGCUGCGGCGGGAGGCGGAGGCGGCCAAGGCCGAGGCAAAGAAGGCGGCCGACAAGGUUGGCGCGCUUGUGCGGGAGGCCAAGGGCAAGGCGGCGGAGUUCGCAGGCAGGAAGGAGGCGCCGCUGUCGGAGGAGGCGCAGGGGGUGUGGGACGCGCUGCCCGCGGGGGCGGACGAGCUCGAGGACAGGAUCGCGGAGCUCGAGGCGGAGACGUCGUCGACGUCGGCCGACGGCAACUCGAUCAAGGAGUACGAGCGGCGGCGGAAGGAGAUCGAGCAGCUCAAGACGCGCGUCGACGCGGCGCAGCAGGCCAUCGCGGCGCAGGGCGGCAAGGUCGCGGGGCUCGAGCAGGCGUGGCGGCCUGCGCUCGAGGAGAUGGUCGACCGCGUGAACCAAAAGUUUGGCUCGUGCAUGGCCGCGUUCCGGUGCGCUGGCGAGGUGUCGCUCUCGGACGGCCGCUCGCUCGACGAGCACGGCGAGCCGGCGGGCGACGACGACUUUGAAAAGUACAAGAUCCACAUCAAGGUCAAGUGGCGCGACGGCGAGCAGCUGCACGUGCUGGGCGAGGCGGGGCGCGAUUCUGGCGGCGAGCGGUCGGUGGCGACGAUGGUCUACCUCAUCUCGCUGCAGGAGAUCAACCCGGCGCCGUUCCGGGUCGUCGACGAGAUCAACCAGGCGAUGGACUCGACCAACGAGCGAAUCAUCUUCAAGUGCGUCACGGAGGCGUGCAAGGACGGCGGCAAGCAGUACUUCCUCCUCACGCCAAAGCUGCUUCCCGACCUCGACUACGGCGAGGACUGCGCGAUCCAGCUCGUGUUCAACGGGCCGCACAACCGCCGCCGCGACCAGUUCGACCUAAGCCGCUUCUGCUAGCGCCGUCGCUACUCUCCUCGACGCGGUCUACGGCUACGCUGCUCCGGCGGCCGGGGCUCGUCCUUCGCCGCCUGUUGCUCUUCACUGGCGGGCCGCAGGCGUCGUGCGCUCGCGCAAGCGCGCCGACCCGCUGCGUGGCGCUGCGUGUGUGAAUGAUUCGAAUUUUUGUUUUCCCUGAUCGAACAAGAAA